AUGCCAAGUGACGUACCAUGUCUCAAAACUGGCGCGCAGGUGUACGAGGCACGCAAAGAGGUGGGAGGAGGCGAGAACUACCAUCAUCUCUCUUUUCCCAACGGGCUCAACGCGCGUCCUAUUCUUGUUUUUUGUCCCAUGACCUUUGUGCAGGUGUACGAGGCGCGCAAGGAGGUGGGAGGAGGGGAGGGCACCAUCAUCUCUCUCUUCCCCAACGGGCUCAGGGCGCUCAGCAGAAUCGACCCUGCCAUCCUGAUUCCUCUGGGAGUGACAGACCCAGCCAGCGUCCUCCUCUCCCCCGGGGGUGAAAUCAUCGCCCCAUGGGGCUACAGUGCCACCAUGACCGCCCGCUUCGGCCUGCCCAUGCUCUUCCCAAUCCAACAGCACGUGUCUUCCUCCUCCCCUCCCCCAUCCCGCCUUCAGCUGAUUCCCCUGGGAGUCACAGACCCGGCCAGCUUCCUGCUGUCCCCUGCGGGUGAAAUCAUCGCCCCAUGGGGACAUUACCACCAUGACCUCCCGCUUCGGCCUUCCAAUGCUCUCCAUCCGCUGGCAGGCCGUGCUGCACGGCAUGCAACACCCUCUUAUUCCCUUCCUUUCUCCCUGCCAGCAACCACUUCCCUCUGCUUCAUCUCCCCCUCUCCCCACCCCUUCCUCCAUUCCCUCCUCCAGCUGAUUCCUCUCGGUGUCACAGACCCUGCGAGUUUCCUCCUCUCCCCCGCGGACCCUGCGAGUUUCCUCCUCCUCCCCGCGGGUGAAGUCACAGCCCCGUGGGGCUACAGUGCCACCAUGACUGCCCGCUUUGGCCUGCCCAUGCUCUUUAUCCGCUGGCGCGACGUGCUCGACGUGCUGCGACUUUUCAGAUGUCUCGAGAGCCAUUCGCUGGCGAGACGUGCUGAACGUGUCACGGACCCUGCGAGUUUCCUCCUCUCCCCCGCGGGUGAAGUCAUCGCCCCGUGGGGCUACAGUGCUACCAUGACGGCCCGCUUCGGCCUUCCCAUGCUCUCCAUCCGCUGGCGCGACGUGCUAGACGUGCUGCGCGGAAUGCUGCCAAACGACGCCGUACACACCGGCCACCGCCUCGUGAAGACCCCGCUGCUGCUGGGGGCAGACGGCAUUCACUCGGAGGCACGGAAGCAGCUGCUGGGCGGGACAGCAGGCGAGGGAGUGGGUCCGCGGGAUAACGGCAGAACCAUCUGGAGGGCCAUCAUCGACAGCAGCCUCUGCCCGCACCCACUCCUCAAGCCUCGCCACAUCCUGGCCAUGGUGGGUCCCGGCCGCACAGCAACCAUCUCUGACGCCGCAGCAGGGAGGCUCUACUGGGCCUUCACGCUCGUCGAUUCCGCCGAUCCGACAGUCAGCAGCGCGCGGUCCAGUGGAGGGGAGGAGGCGCGAGGGAAGAUCCUGCGGGCGUUUGAGGGGUGGGAUGUGGUGACUCAGCUCGCGCUCGCCACUCCGCCCGACCUCAUUCUUGAGCGCCGCGUGCUCGACCUCCCGUCCCUGCCCUUCUGGGUCAAAGGGAGGACGGCUCUCCUGGGAGAUGCGGCGCAUGCAGUGACGCCACCGUUAGGGCAGGGGGCCAAUCUGGCGUUUGAGGAUGCGGCUCAGCUGGUGGAGUGCCUCCGGGCACACUCGCUUGUCAGUGAUGUGCUGCAAUCCUUCCAGUCCAUCCGCAUGCCUCGUGUGCAAGCCGUGGUCUCACAGAACGUCGCAUCGUCCAAGAAGAUCUACGAGGAUAAAGAAGAAGAGGGCACAGAGAGGGAUAGCAGCAAGGGAACUGAGGCAGCAGCAGGUGCAACGGCGGCAGGAAAGGGAGGGGGAGAAGAGUCUGAGUUCUAUGAUUACCUGUACUCCUAUGAUACACUUCCCCUUGAGGGUUCCAACUGA